CGUUGUUGCUUUGACGUGUUUGUUUAUAUCUAGGCUUCUUCAUCGAGAUUCCUGAUUCCUUUCCAAGUUCUGCAGUGUUGAGUGCGGUUCAGCGAUUAUUGAAUAAUUUCGUAUUAAGGAGAAAAUCUACAUAUUUCCCUUCCUCCUCGUGGAAAGCAGCGGGCCAGAAAUAACAGCACCGCUCUCUAAGAUCAAAAAAUGUCUCUUCGCACGUACGGUGACAAACCCAUAAGCUUCCAGCUGGAAGAGAAUGGAGAAUUCUACUGCAUUGGCUCGGAGGUGGGCAACUACCUCCGUUUGUUCAGAGGAUCUCUGUACAAAAAAUACCCUGGAAUGUACAGGAGGACAAUAUCAAAUGAAGAGAGAAAAAAAUUAGUUGAACUAGGCUUAAGUCAACACGUUUUGGCAUCAAGCGUUUCCCUACUGAAGGCCUGUGAAGUCGAGGACAUUAUUGAGGGUAAUGAUGAUAAGUACAAAGCCGUCUCAGUUCACUCGUCUGCAGAGCCCCCAACACCCAGGGAAAACAAAACUCGAAAGAGCACCAACUGGGCACCUGCUUUGCCAAACAGCUCGCACUUGGAUGCUGUGCCUCAAGCAACUCCUAUCAACCGCAAUAGGGUGAGCAACAAGAAAGUGCGCACCUUUCCACUCUGUUUUGAUGACACCGACCCCAAUGCUAUCUAUGAAAAUUCUUGCCAGACAGAGCUAUUAGUGCCAGUUAGACUGGACAUGGAAAUUGAGGGUCAGAAGCUGAGAGACACUUUCACAUGGAACAAGAAUGAAACUUUAAUAACUCCAGAGCAAUUCGCCGAGAUCCUAUGUGAUGACCUGGAUCUGAACCCGAUUGCUUUUGUCCCUGCUGUGGCGCAGGCCAUCAGGCAGCAAAUUGACGCUUUCCCUGCUGAGCAACCAAUUUUAGAGGAGCACCCUGACCAGCGAGUGCUAAUCAAGCUUAACAUCCACGUUGGCAACACGUCGUUGGUGGACCAGGUUGAGUGGGACAUGAGCGAGAAGGAGAACAACCCCGAGACGUUCGCCAUGAAGCUUUGCGCUGAACUGGGUCUUGGCGGAGAGUUUGUCACUGCAAUUGCGUACAGUAUCAGGGGUCAGCUCAGCUGGCACCAGCGCACUUACGCCUUCAGUGAGGCGCCGCUGAGCACUGUCGACGCGCCGUUCAGGUCACAGUCUGACGCUGAUCAAUGGGCACCAUUCCUCGAAACCCUCACUGACGCUGAGAUGGAGAAGAAGAUUAGGGACCAGGACAGAAAUACAAGGUCUGUGCGACGCAGGGCGACUAUGAGCCAGCCCAGCCCCAGACGCGCAAAUGUAACGCUCCCCAGCUAUGUUCGCAAGUUUCUCUGACUGAGAGCAGGCGUAUGCGUCGUCUUGUCAACACUACAACCGGGUGGUAAUCUCAUCCAUGAGUGGUUGCUAUCAUCGCGUUUUCAGUUGGCUUCUUUCCAUACAUCUCAGUGUAUAACUAGUAAUUACGAUUUUUUAAUAUAACCAUUGUAACAUUGUACAA